AUGGCAGGUCUGAAAGAUGAUGAAUGCAGAACAAAAUUCCGCCAACGUGUGUCUAUUCAUGUUGGAGUACGGACCAGGAAAAAGCUUAGCGAUGCGGAUUCCUUCACAAAGUGCAUCCAGGACGCUGCAAGGGAAACCCUCCCGGUUCUGUUGCCGCGGAAGAAGUUUGUCUUUGCAUCUGCGGAAACAAAAUCAUGUACAAUUCUGUAUAUGUCGCGCGCAGCGCUGGUGACUUCAUCCAGGAAAAGCGUCUUAGAAAGGAAACUACGUCGUCAACUGCAACAAGACCGCGAUAACGAGUGGACGUCAAGAGCGAUGGAGUUUGAGAAGACGUGGGAGGACAGGAACCCGCGGAAAGCCUAUGCUCUACUAAAACAGUAUAGCGGCAAAUUGGAAAGAUGUUCUCCUGUCCUCAACACUGCUAAUGAAGUAGCUGUCGGUGAAGCAACCCUUCCAAUUUGGAGGGAACAACUCAAGACCUUGCUGAACCGGCUAGCACCGUCAGCUUCUGAACUCGAGCACGUUCGUAGACCGACAUAUGCGGUUAACGAGGAGCCACCGACCGAUUCGGAGGUUCUAGUCUGUAUUCAAAAAAUAAAGAAUGGAAAAUCUACUGGAAACGACGGGAUUAGCGCAGAAAUGCUAAAAUAUCUUCCUCCGUCUGGGAUUCGUGAGAUGACAAAGAUCAUCCGUUCAAUAUGGAUAGACGAAAGGAUACUUGACUCGUGGAGACACGCUAUCAUUACUCCCCUCCACUAG